AUGGCGGACACUCUUCGCUCUCCUGUUGAGCGAUGCCCUCCUCUCCGGCAGGUCCGGGGAACAGUUCUUAAUACUAUAAUGGAAGACUCUCGCGAAUCGCAGUUUGCAGAAAAAGGCGGCAGUUCAUCCAAGCCCUUGAUCAGCCCAAAGUUGACCUUGAAGACUAGCGGUUUUUCGCUUCCUAAGACUCGUCUGGCUCGAUUGAUGUCACCGCUUUCCGCUUGCACAACUUCCUCAUGCUCGGAUACCGAAUGGCAGCAGCAGAUACAAAGGCUUGACGAUUUCUACGACGCGACGGACGAGGAGGACUUGGAUGAGAGCGAAACCGAUAUCGAUUCUACGUGUUUCUCAUUGCCAGGAACACAACGAUCCAGCUUGAUAACACCGAUCACAAGAAAUUCCGUCACAUCGACCGGAAGUCGCAAAAGCCAUCUGACUCUGAAGAUCCCAUCGCCCACAGUGUACACUGGAACUCACAAGAAUUCACCUGUCCCUCCAACUCCACCACCCAAGAUCCCCGUCUCUCCUAUGGCGCUUAUGAUGCUUGGUCGGUCUGUACCUGCAUCUCAUGCCCCACCAUCUCUCGACGGCAGCAUCUCUUCCGACCAAGAAUCCAAUCUAAGCGCGCUGGCCACUCCCGACUCUCAUUCACUACCUGACACUGACUGGGACGCGCAUGACUUUCAUCUCCGGCCCGACCUGGAUGGGAACGAAAGUGCAGAUUUGGAAAAUCACGAGAGUCAACACAGCCAGGCAGUGCCAAUCACAAUCGAGAGUCCACAAGAUGACUGGCGUCAGGUUUUGCAGCGGUUUCCGCAAAUCCCUUCCUCUUUGCAGGGUCAUUCAUUGACUGCAGGCCACGAAAUUUCUCGAGAGACAACACCCUCAGAUCAAGGUGUUUUUCUUCCCGACGGUGCACUGGCAAUGUUACAGCACAUCCGUCUCGAUGGUACCCCCGAAUCAUGGUCCGAGACAUCUGAGGGGAACGAUGAGAUGUGGCAGCUCCAAGCACCACCAAGCCGCCCACGUAGUGCUGAUGGUGUCACUCCGGCUUCGGCAAUGUCUGGAUAUAGUUUUAGCGAGUUGAGCAUUCCAUCACCUGGUGGUUUCUUCGCGUCGCUAGGCCCCCGCGCCCGGCAUACCUGGUCCCUUCCAAAUACAAACUACCCACCGACAUCUGCUGUGGCUGAAGGGUUCUACGGUCUGCCCUGGCGUUGCGAUGAAGGUGAUGUGGUCGAACAAGUCAUCGAGUGGCCGGAUCGCUCACAGGAUGAUAAUCCGGUCACUGCAGUCCGAGAUGAGGAGGGCCCUCCAACCGCAAUCCGCAUUCCAUGUGAGAUGCCAACCCAACCUGUGGCUAAACAAGACAGCCCAAUAAAUGUUUCAUUUGAGGCCAUUCAGGAAAUCACUCGCGCCAGCAAUGUGUACGAGUAUGAUGAUUGUUAUGACCAAGAGAUGCAAGAGCGUGCAAAUGCCAGUCUUGACCGAACCAAUGUCUGGCUUAGUGCUCAGGCGACUUAUCUGGCUGCGUUGAGCGAGACGAAUCCAGUCAAUAACGUAGAAACUGUCCAUAGUAUAAGUUGUAUGGAUGGCGCGAACGAUGAAAGACCGUCAUCGGAGGAACAAGAUGGCUCUCCCGAGAAAGCGGUCCGGUUUGAGGGUACUGUUGCAGUUAUCAGUUCCCGUCCGCCAAUGCUUGCAAGCCCGGACUCGUUGUAUUGGCGAGGCUUCCAAUAUGUUUUAGAGGAAUCAGAAAAGUCCGACGGCUUCCUUCAUCGAAGCAUGCGGUACGAUGCAGUUCAGUCUUUUCGACUAGGCCAUCUUGAUACUCACAUCAACUGCUUGAUGGGCAAAUAUGAGCUUGUACGCCCGGAAAGACCUGCAUACAAGGGCCCUUUCUCCAAGGCGCCACGCAGCUCUACCGUCACUUCCGAGCUAGCUGAUAGAGCACUGUUCUCCUAUCUUGAGAAGGAGCAACUCGUCCUCACCCAACUUUGCCAGCCCAUGUGGGCCAUGGACGCAUUCCGCUCUCUAAAUGGUGGAAAGCUACUCAACUGCCCUCUCAACGAGAGGCUUGUGCGAACUCGAAAUCUUCCAGGCCCUCAAGAUAUACGACGACAACGUGUCAUCCGAGUCUUGGAUCUUGGUGGACAUGCCACCUGCGAGUGGGCUUGGCACGCCGCUUAUGAGUAUCCGAAUGUCAAGUUCUACUCCGCCAUCAUCAAGGAUCAAGCUGCGAACAGUGGUAUCAAAGGCCCCAUCAACCACCGUGUAGUCUCUGUCCCUGAACUUUGGAAGCUUCCAUUUGGGGACAAUAAAUUUGACGUGAUCACCACCCGAUCCUUGCACGCCCUUCUGAAGACGCGGUGUCCAGCUGGCCUCGACAGUGAUGAAUACGACCUGGUCCUGAAGGAAUGCCUCCGCUGCCUUCGCCCAGGCGGUUUCCUUGAGUUCAUGGUGCUGGAUGCGGAGAUCUCGCAGGCCGGACCCUUCUCCAAAGCAUCGUCAUUAGAAUUUGCCUUAGAUCUUCGCACUCAAGGGUACGAUCCUGCUGCCUCGAAGAGUUUCCUCUCACGUCUGCGUAAGGGAGGAUUUAUCGACAUCAAGCGUGCCUGGAUGUUUCUUCCCAUGGGAAUGGAGCCUACUAAGCCAGAGCCGCUACGGGAGACACCAGCACCACGGGUGCCAAGUCAGAUUGAGGAGUAUGAGGCGGUACAGGGGCCAAUUGGUAGUACUGAGGAUGUUGCCAGUGUCACCGGCCUUCUUGGUGGGUGGAUGUGGGAGCAGUGGCUCGUGAAGUUUCGGAUGGAGAUGGGGUUAGAUCAGUCCAAGUGGCUGGAGGGAGUUGGAGCGAUGUUUGAUGAGGGACGCAAGAAUGGGGCAGGAUGGACUUGCUUGUCUGGCUGGGCUAUGAAGCCGAGACAGACGAAGCAGGCGCAGAAGCAGAAGAAUCAGAUGACCCAGACCAUAACCCGGACUAACCGGUUGUUCUAA